AUGGCGGCAGCCUUUCAGCUCGCCUCUUCCUCCUCCUUCCUCCCGCGCCACCAUUUCCCCGCCGGCCCCACAACCGCCGCCGUUCGUCCCCUCCGCCGUCUCCUCAUCUCUGCCGCCUCCGCCCCUCCGCGGCCGUCGACGGCGUCGAAUCCGCCCGCGAGAAAAAAACAUUGGAAAAUUGGCGAAUAUCCCGGAUUCAUCGAGACCCCCAACAAAAAGAAAAGAACCCCAAUCAAGAACAUCAAGAAGAAACUCGACAGGAAGCAAAACGCCAAAGCGUGGGCCAAUACCGUCACCGAGGCCCUAUCCGACGCCAUCGACAAAAAGCAAUGGCUCCGUGCCCUUGAGGUUUUUGAGAUGCUAAAGGCGCAGCCUUUCUACUACCCAAAGGAAGGCACGUACAUGAGGCUCCUCGUCCUCCUAGGGCGGUGCGGGCAGCCCGGUCAAGCCCACCAACUGUUCGAUGAAAUGCUGGAGGGUGGAUUGGAGCCCACCGCCGAGCUCUACACCGCCCUACUAGCAGCCUGCUGCCGGAGCAACCUCGUGGACAAGGCUUUCACGGUCCUCGGCCAAAUGAAAAGCCUCCCCCAGUGCCAGCCGGACGUCUACACGUACAGCAUCCUCAUCAAGGCAUGCGUGGAUGCCAAGCGUUUCGACCUCGUGGGCCCGCUUUAUGAGGAGAUGGCCGAACGAUCCAUCACGCCCAACACCGUCACCCAGAACACGGUCCUCAGCGGCUAUGGGAAGGCGGGAAAAUACGACGAGAUGGAAAAGGUGCUUUCGGGGAUGCUCGAGAACCCCAUGGGCCCCCAGCCCGACGUGUGGACCAUGAACUCGGUCAUCGCUGUUUUCGGGAAUGAGGGGCGGAUCGAGAUGAUGGAGCAAUGGUACGAGAAGUUCCGCGAUUUCGGGAUCGAACCCGAGACCCGAACCUUUAAUAUCCUCAUCGGAGCCUACGGGAAAAGGAAAAUGUACGACAAAAUGUCGUCCGUGAUGGAGUACAUGCGGAAGCUAAACUUUCCUUGGACGACCUCGACCUAUAACAACGUGAUUGAGGCAUUUUCGGAUGCGGGUGAUGCGGAGAACAUGCAUUGCACGUUCGAGCAGAUGCGGGCCGAGGGGAUCCGGGCCGACGUCAAGACUUUUUGCUGUUUGAUUAGGGGUUAUGCGAACGGCGGGCUUUUUCAUAAGGUGAUAGAUAGUGUGAGGUUGGCGGGGAGGUUGGAGGUGCCAGAAAACACAUCGUUUUUCAAUGCGGUGAUCUACGCGUGCGCCAAGGCAGGAGACUUAAUGGAGAUGGAGAGGGUUUUCGAGAGGAUGAAGGGAAAGGGUUACCGGCCGGACUCCACGACUUACGGAGUGAUGAUUGAUGCGUAUGGAAAGGAGGGCAUGAGGGACAAGGUGUAUGAGUUGGAGAAGGAGAGCAAGACAACAAUGGAUGGGGUUUUCACGGAGGAUAUUGAUGUUGAUGUUGAUGAUGAAGAUGGUGUGUUGUUAUUGACUUGA